ACCGCUCCUGACAGCGAGUGGUGAGGGAGAGAUAGAACGGGUCGUUCCCUUAAUAAAAGAAAACAUAAAAAUCCAUCUUGUAUCUCUGACCCGACGACCUCAGCGUCCCGUGCAGCAGUUAUAGCCGCCGACAAUCAGGUUUCUGGUGACUAGAGCUAUCAGUGGGCGGGCGCGGAGAAGUGAAGGAUUAUGGGAACUGUAGUUUCCCCCCCCCCAUGCCUGAAGCAUUGGAAUACGGGACUGCAGCGUGUUAGACACCUGAGAUAUGGACGGCAGUGAUGAUGAUGAGGAUGUUCCUCAGCUCUCAGCCCACACUUUGGCAGCGCUGCAGGAGUUCUUCUCUGAACAGCAGGAGCAGGAGUCUCUGAAGUCAGGACCGGACUAUGACAAGUUUGCAGUUGGAGCUGUUGAAGAAGACUGGCAAUUGAGCCAGUUUUGGUACAGUGAUAAAACUGCACUCAGUCUGGCUAAGGAAGCAAUAGAGGCAUCUGGGAAAAAUGGAAGGAUCGUCUGUGUGAGUGCCCCCAGUGUCUAUCAGAAGCUUAAAGGACUGGUUGGCGAUGAAGUGACUGUGUACUUACUGGAAUAUGACAGGCGGUUUUCAGUGUAUGGAGAUGAAUUCAUUUUCUAUGAUUACAAUAACCCCUUAGAUCUGCCAGAGGGGCUGCAGCACAGCUUUGAUGUAGUAGUAGCGGACCCCCCGUACCUGUCUGAAGAAUGUCUCUGCAAAACUGCCCAGACCAUUGAGUAUUUGUCUAAAGGAAAGACUCUGCUGUGCACAGGUGCAGUGAUGGAAGAUUUAGUGGCUCAGAAACUUGGACUGAAGAUGUGCAAAUUUAUUCCAAAGCACAACCGUUCACUUGCCAAUGAGUUUAGGUGUUUUGCAAACUAUGACAUUGGUCUCGAUGUUGCAUCCUGAAUACCUGACAUCUUCUUACUGUACCUGGUAGACCUGGACCAAGUACUGAACAACAGUACACCGGCGUGAGCAUCCAAUGUCUUCACUGACAAACGGAUCUUCUAUUCACAGUCCUUCAUGUGACAGUCCUAUAAACUGCAGAGGCCUUAGUGGUUUCCCAGAUUGGGUUUACAGAUCACUGUUUCCCUGUAUGUAUAUGUUGAAUACUAAAUUAUGAAUGCUACAUCUGCAACCUGAUGGGAAAUCAAAGUUGGAUCAUUGAACUAUAAAAUAAAAAAAUAAAAAAUUCUAAUAAUUUGCUUCUUACAUGGUGACUGUAAGGCGGGGUUCACACUACAGAAUUUCUAAGUCUAAUUAUGCUUACGAAUUAGGCUCGGAAAUUCCUGGUGCAGCAAAGUUUCAUUGUUGUCUAUGGGAAUCCGCUGCACAGUGCACAUUAGAAAAUUCCUCCAAGGAAAGAUUGAUCAUGUUUAUUGUUUUAGCGGGAUACACUGAGAUUUCAUAGUGUGUGAACAUCGCCUAAGAGUAUCUCCUUUCUAGAACUGUAAAGGAGAUCUUUUUCCUGGAAAGAGUAAAAUGAUCACAACUGGGGAU